GUUGAAGUUCAGCGGUAGAGCGGUAAACAUGUCGAAUUCGAGUUUGUUUCUGGGCGGCAGCCUUGUGGUUUGCCUGAUAAUCGCCAAAUUCAGUGCGGAUUAAGUGGAAUUGCUUGGGAAAAGCUUACAAAACGCUAGCCUGGGAAAUUCCCAAGCCAACUGCAGGCAAGCUGCAACGGAUUACAUGAAAAGUCGGCUUAAACUUAAGGCCGCUUCCGAAGGCAAAAUCACACAAACCAAACACAAAAGGAAGCCCUACAAACUACAAUACAAGCCAUGUCAAAGUUGUAAACAAAGGCUUAGGAACUAUAACAAAAAAAACUGGCAUUAUAUUCUUUCUUCGUCUUUUUAUUUUAUUUUUUUUUAAAUGUUUGUGUUAUAAAGUUUAUUGCAAUGUGCACAUUAAAAAACUAAAUUAUACUAUAUAAAAAAUUAAAAAUCUAUGAUAUUCUCUGAAUUUAUUAAAUUUUAACAUUUACAAACAUUUUGAAGUACUAAAAAAUAACUUAAACAUUUCUAAGUUAGUAUGAAAGGUUGGAAUAAAUAAAUACAAUAAGUACUGCACUAAAAAAUAAUUUUUUGAUCUUCAAAAUCAAUAGUGUUUUCCAAACAAAUAAGUAGAAAAAACAGAUCAUAACUAUAAAGUGCGUAGUAUCUUAGAAAUUUCAAUUAGUUUUGACUAAAAUGAACACAAGAAAAUGGAAUACGUCUAUAGGAAGUUUAAAAAUUGACCUGAGCACUUUAAUUGUAGGACAAGCGGGAACAGUGCACUGGAAUAAUGGAAACGCGGCCGGAGUCGGAGCCUGGUCAAAUGCCCAGUCCGGAGGAAUGCAGCCGCCGGGCAGCCUGGGUAGCCACGACCCGCAGUACAGCUACGGCUACGCCGGCAUCGAUUCCCGGGGCACCUACGGCGGAGCGGGCGGCAAUGGAGCCUACUACGUGGGCGGCACGGACGAGCACGGACGUCCGUUCUCGUACGGCAGCCAGCCUGGACAGCCGGGCUACAUGGGUGUCCGGGAUCCCAACUAUCCGGGCGGAGUCUACGGCUACCGGAAUACGGCGACAGGGCUGGGUGGCACCGCCCUCUCAGUGACUUUGGCCUUGACCCUUGGUUUCUUGGCAGCGAAGAGACUUUGAUGCGGUUCUAUCGCGGGAAACUGUUUUUUUUUUUGUAGCUCUUACUACUAAGCCUAAUUUAUGUAAAUUACCUAAAUGUGUGAACUUUUUAUUAAAGUAGAAAAAACAACUGAAAAUCUAAA